GAUUGGAUUGACAUCGAACUUAAAAUGUUUUUCUAUAGUUUUCUGCACCUCACUUUUGAGCUCACACAAGAAUUCUACCAGUUGCUACCAUCUGCUGCCUGCCCCUAUACACAAAAUGAAGUUUAGAAAGCUCAGCUUUUAUACGCUAGUGUAUCUGCAAGUGUUUCUUUUCUUCUCUGUUAACUUAGGAUGCCUGCAAGCCAAUGCUUCAUCAGGAAAAGAGACUGAUCAACUUGCUUUGCUCAAAUUCAAACAAGGGAUAACCAGUGAUCCACAUGGUAUCUUCAACUCUUGGAAUGAUCCUCUCCAUUUCUGCAACUGGACUGGAAUCACAUGUGGUCCACGCCAUCAAAGAGUCACCUCCUUAGUCUUAGAUGGGGAGAAUCUGGUUGGUUCUAUAUCACCACACAUUGGCAACCUCAGUUUUCUCAGGUUGAUCAACCUCCAAAACAACACCUUCAAUGGUGAAAUUCCACAGCAAGUUGGCAAGUUAUUUCGACUGCAAGAAUUUCAUCUUGGAAAUAAUUCAUUACAAGGCGAAAUUCCAGUCAAUUUGACUCGUUGCUCCCAACUCAAGAUGAUAUAUUUACAGUGGAAUAAUCUCACUGGAAAAAUUCCGGCAGAACUUGGCUCUCUGACAAAGCUAGAGAUCAUUCGACUUGGUACUAACAAUCUGACAGGAGAAAUUCCACCUUCUCUAGGCAACCUUUCAUCACUUACAAUAUUUACUGCUCCAUCUAAUAAAUUAGAGGGAAGUAUUCCAAAUGAGAUGGGUCGAUUAAAAGGCUUGAAUAUGUUCGCCGUUGGAGGUAAUAGAUUAUCAGGUACAAUCUCCCCAUCUCUUUUCAACAUCACAUCUUUAAGUUAUCUGCAAGUAGCGUUCAACCAACUUAGUGGAAGUCUACCUGACAGCAUUUUCUUCACUCUCCCAAAUCUUCAAACUUUUUACAUUGGCGGAAACUAUUUCUCCGGCCCAAUCCCAAAUUCAUUGUCAAAUGCAUCUCAGCUUCAAAUAUUCGAUAUCUAUAGAAACAAUUUUGAGGGACAAGUUCCCACUAAUCUUGGAAAUUUACAGAGUCUCAUCCUGCUAAACUUUGAGUUCAAUAAUCUUGGAAGUAAUUCAUCGAAUGACUUGCUUUUCUUGACAUCUUUGACAAACUGUAGUAAUUUACAAAGCUUGUCUCUCUAUGAUAAUAAUUUUGGAGGUGUCUUACCAGACUCUGUAGCCAAUUUUUCAACUCAAUUCAUUAGAUUAUUUGUGGGAGCAAAUGAAAUCACUGGAAUUAUUCCUGCAGCACUGGACAAUCUUAUCAACUUAAUUGCGUUGGGUAUGGGUGAUAACUCUUUCACAGGUGUGAUCCCCCAUCAAUUGGGAAAGCUUCAAAAGCUACAGUCUUUGGUUUUAAGGGGAAAUAGAUUAUCAGGUCAAAUUCCAUCCUCUAUAGGUAACCUUACUCAGUUGUCAAUUCUGGACCUGUCAAAUAACAAAUUGGAAGCAAGCCUUCCUUCAAGUAUUCGAAAUUGCCAAAAAUUGUAUAUUUUGGACAUUUCAACGAAUAGUUUCAGUGGAGAGUUACCUAGGGAAGUUUUAGGCCUUGCCUCCUUAUCAAAAGGACUGUAUUUAUCUCAUAACUCUUUCACUGGGAAUUUACCAACGGAAGUGGGAACGCUUAAAAAUGUAAAUGUGCUAGAUGUCUCAGAAAACAAUCUUUCAGGUGAAAUUCCGGCAACCAUUGGAGAUUGCUUGAGCCUAGAAUAUCUUUAUAUGCAAGGAAAUUUUUUCCAAGGAACCAUCCCUUCUUCUUUAGCUUCCCUUAAAGGCCUUAGAGAUUUAGAUCUUUCACAAAACAACCUGUCAGGACAAAUUCCAAAAGAUCUCCAAGAAAUCCCUUAUCUCCAAUAUUUGAAUCUUUCUUUCAAUGAUCUUGAGGGAGAGGUACCAAAAAGAGGAGUAUUUACUAAUGUCAGUGCAUUGUCACUGAUUGGGAAUAACAAGCUUUGCGGUGGUGCCCCAGAACUUGGUUUGCCGAAAUGCUCCACUAGAGUCAUGAAGAAAUCCCAUAAUCUUAAGCUAGUUGUCGUAGUUGCUUGUGUGGUUCCAUCUGUGAUUUUAAUUCUGAUCAUUUUUCUUAUUCGCUGGAUGAGAAAAUUAAGAAGCAAGCCUUCUCUUGCACCAUUUGAAAUCAACCACCUUCUAAAGGUAUCUUAUAAAGACCUUUAUCAAGCAACGGAUGGAUUCUCUUCUAGCAAUUUAUUUGGUUCAGGUAGCUUUGGCUCUGUGUAUAAAGGAUUUCUACCUCAAGUCGAAAGACCAGUAGCUGUCAAGGUUCUAAACCUUGAGCGAACAGGUGCCAUUAAGAGCUUCAUGGCUGAAUGCAAUUCGCUGGGAAAUGUAAGGCAUCGAAAUCUUGUUAAGCUUGUAACAUGUUGCUCCAGCUUAGAUUACAGAUCUAAUGCAUUCAAAGCUUUAAUUUUUGAAUAUAUGGGGAAUGGAAGCCUGGAAAAGUGGCUGCAUCCCUAUGAAGGUGGUGAAAAUCAGAAAAGAAGCUUGAACCUUCCUCAAAGACUCAAUAUCGCCACUGAUGUAGCAUCAGCAUUACAUUAUCUACAUGAUCUCUGUGAAAAGCCUAUCAUUCAUUGUGACCUGAAGCCGAGCAAUAUUCUUCUUGAUGAUGACAUGGUUGCUCAUGUAAGUGAUUUUGGUCUUGCAAAACUCUUCACAAUCAACAACGAUUCAUCUCUAAGUCAAACCAGCACAAUUGGAAUCAAAGGAACUGUUGGUUAUGUUGCUCCAGAAUAUGGAAUGGGUGGUUUAGCAUCGAAAGAAGGAGAUAUUUAUAGCUAUGGGAUUCUUGUAUUGGAGAUGUUCUCAGAAAGAAGACCAACUGAUGAAAUGUUCAAAGAAGGAUUAAGUCUCCAUGAUUAUGUAAAGGAAGCAUUGCCAAAAAGACUUUUACAAAUUGUAGAUCCAACCCUUCUUUCUAGAGAAAUAGUAAAUGGAGAAUAUAAAGACGAUGAAACAGUGGAAGCAGAGGAAAGCAAUCACCAUGAGAACUUGAGCCAAGUUGUAGCAAAUGCGAGGCAAUGCCUAGUUUCAAUAUUUGAAAUUGGAGUUGCAUGUUCAAUGGAGUCACCCAUGGAACGAAUGAAUAUGGCAAAUGUCAUAAGGAAGUUGCAUUUGAUAAAAGAAAACUUUUCUAAAUAUUCAGAUGCCCGAAGCAGACCAAAUGGAGGGUAAUUGAUAGGGAUUGAUUUUCUUUUACUGAAGUUUGAUAGCGCGGUUCGUUCCUCCAGUGAAAUUUGUGGUUCAGGUUCUCUGUGUUCAUCAUAGCAGAUGUUGGAUUUUCAAGCCAACUAUAGAAGAUUCAAAUAAUUGUGUCGCCACUUUUCAGUUCUACGUAAUUUGAUUUUACUUACGAUCCAAUUGUUUAUUUAAAUAGGAUUUCAUACAAGAUCAAUGAACUUGUUUAUGUUGUGAUUGUAUGUUCUAAGUCUGGUCUUAAGAGACAGGUCCCAUCCUCUCUAAAUUAUUUCUAUCAGUUGAAUUUGUUGAAUAAAAUCAUUAUCUGUUUAUUUAAGAAAAAUGUAUUCUUAUUGGUUCUACA